GAAGGUGUGGCCUUCAAGAAUGGCGACGAUGACAAGCCUCUGGGCAGUUCUCGUGAUGUUCGUGAAGGUCGCUGAUUCAGCUAUGUCCACCUCGACACGUGUAGAGCACUUCUUCUUAGACACAUUCGGCCUCGGCAUCAUGGGGUUCUGGUCAGUCAAGUUUGAAGUGAGGGGCACUAAAAACGUACAGUUCGGCCUGUUUGGGCCGACCAGGUCAACAUCCAAUGGAUACGCCAUCACUCUGAACAAUGAGACGGGUGGAGAUUAUUUCUCAGCAGUCCGAAAAAUAUGCAGUUCUUGCCCCGGGACGCCGAAUGUUGAGAUGAACCAGGGCGGUUCGUUCUUGGACCCGGAAUAUCACCCUUUCUGGAUCAGCUGGGACCAGGCUACGAUCAAGAUGGGCAAAGGGGUGGUCGUCGGGGAGGAGAUCGUCGUCAGUUGGACGGACCCAAAUAUCAUUGAGGUCAACUACUUCACUAUCGGGGCAUCAGACGCAGCAACGUCCGUGUUUGUGCGCUAUGAAAAGACGUGUGCUGCUCUGAAUCGCCCAGCGUUGUUCCCAGCAUGCAACAAGUUCUUCUUUCAACUGUCUAAUGCAGGGAAGAAGAUCUGGUACUCGACAGAUAUCAUCUCCGAGGCAGCUGGGAUGACUAAGACUGAUUGUAUCUACAAAUGUCUUGUCACCACUAACUGCAUCGGGUUCACUCUCUCCACCACGGGCACCUGUAAACUGACCAACAAAUGUGCGCCAACAAUUGGGGCGAACGCAAAUACAAAUUUCUACCAACUCAAGUCCUUUAGUACUCCGUGA